AGGGCUCUUCACUUCAUUGCAUUCAUUGAGCGUUUGUUUUGCUUUCGAUAACAGCUCUCUUCAGCUCUUGGCAUCACUUUUACCACUUAUUUUGGACUCUAUUUAACAUCAUUUGACAUGAAAUCUGACGAAACAAAUGUCGGACAUCUGGAAGAAGAGGCCCUCAAGAGGAAGGAAAGGUUGGAUCGGCUGAAAGCCAUGACUGCCAAAGAAAACGGCGACAAUAAUUCACACGAUAGACACGCUUUGCCUAAACCAACUUUUCGUUCAUAUAAUCCAAACGACGAGAAACUGAAAGAGAGAUCUUUGCCGAAAGGAAAGCCGGAAUCGGUCGAGGACCAAAUCAAAGACCAAUUGUCUGAAUCCAAAGAAGAGCCAGUGAUCGACGAAGUG